AUAUUUUUCUGUUCCCUAUCAAUCAAACAAUCUGGGACGCACAGAAAAAUGCCUAGGGCAAAAGCUAGGGACACAGCCAGGCCAGUGGAGCUUAUUUGGCAGUGAAUAGAUGGCCGGGGCCAAGGAAGAUGGAAAUUUACCCGAGGAAAAAAUAUGUCCGCGUUUUGGGCGGAGAGAAGGAUUCUGGAAAAGAAAGGGCGAGAGCUAGAAGCAAGGCCCCAGCUUUAUCCCCAUCAGUUGAAGCGCGAGUGGCACAGGGGCAUGGAAGGGAUGGGCAUCUGUCCCUUGCUUGCUUGAUUGACUGACUAUCGUGGGCAGGAUGUUAGAACCAACUAAAAUUAGAGACAUGUAUUUAAUAGUAAUAAUACUGUAAUACAAUGUACAUACAUAUUGGAUGAACUACGCGUUUAUAUGCACUUCAUUAACCCAGCAACAUUUUAUGUUAGCUUGUUAUCUUGCGCGCCUGGCUAGCGAAUCUGUAGCAAACGCUGCUGUAAAUAUGGUGCUUCUGCUAGCUACGUUAGCUUCAAUGUGGUCAACUAACGUUUAAAACAAGGAUGCUUCAGUGGGUGUUUCGUCCGUAGAGUGGGUGAUGCAUAUUAUAUUUGACAUACGUUUGAUGUCGUUUUCGAAUAGAUUGUCAAAGAAAACUCAAAAUGAAUUAGCUAACGUUACUAGUUAGCUGUUUUCGCAAAUGAACUAGCUACAGUAGCGUGUUAUUUUGUCUAACGACCGUACAGUCUGGAUAUGAAGAGGUAAACAUUUCUAUGUAGCUAACGUUCUGUAAAAUUGAAUUGUCUCACUCGACCGCCUUCCUUCCUUCAAUCCUUGCUAACAAACCACCAACAAGCUAGCUUUGUUGCCGCCAGCACGGCAGUGAGAAAAGCAAGUAAAUUCAACGUGGUGGGUGUGUAACAUUAUGAUAGACGGGUAUGUUUGAUCUUCAUCGUUUUCUUGUCAAUUCGCUACAUCGUAUCGUAUGUAGCUGAACACAAGUUAAAAACGUGAACAAAGCAUUUCGAAUGCAAGCGAAUAAACGUGAUACAUUGUGUUCCCCUAAUCAUCAAAAGCCUUUCAUCUGGAUGUAGACAUGAGAUUCAUGUUGUUCCAUUCUCUUUGAACACAGACAGUACAGUCAAAUAGGCAGCUGGAUUAUAUAUGUUAUUGCAGUAAAGUAGAAGACCACCUGUAUCAGAACAAUCAAGCUUUGCUAUGCUCCAUUCAUAGAAAUAUGGAAAUGUUUGUGAAGUACAAAAGUGGAAUGUUUUGGUAUUUAGACUAUAACAACGAUAACAUGUUUACAGCAUUUGUCCUGUCAGAAGGAAAAACAAUUUACAUGAACCAUUCAAAUAGAUUUUCACUGAAGCGCAGCAACUUUCUCCCACCACAACCCUACUCCAUUCACAGUACAGGAUCAGUACUAACAUUUUAAUUCGAAUUUUCCCUGGAUUAGAAUAAUCGCAAUUUAUCAUCAGGUGUAAUUGAUACAAUAAUAGCCGUCUUUAAUUCUCAAAGGUGUGUGGGUUUAUGUCUCUUUCUAGGUCCGCCAACGCUCCACGUCCUUAUAAUGCUUCAGUGUUUGCGGCGUCUGCAGUGAAUAUGAUGGCUGCCCAAUCAGUUUCCAUAGACAAUUACACGGAGGGAGAGCAGCAGGGGGUGGAGCAGAAGGACAGUGAUGCUGAUCAUGAUCAGAAGUUCAAUGAGGAGGGGUUGGCUGCAGCUUCCAGUCCUGACCCCACUGAACCCCAGACACCCUUGGAUGUAGAUAAGGCCUCCAUAUACCGGCAUCCCUUGUUUCCUCUUCUGGCCCAGCUCUUUGAGAAAUGUGAGCAGUCUACACAGGGCUCAGACUGCAUCACGUCAGCCAGCUUUGACGUGGACAUCGAGAACUUUGUCCGCAGCCAGGAGAAAGAGGGCAAAGCAUUCUUCAGCGAGGACCCUGACCUCGACAAUCUGAUGGUGAAGGCCAUCCAGGUGCUGCGGAUCCACCUGCUAGAGCUGGAGAAGGUGAGCGACCUGUGUAAAGAUUUCUGCAGCCGCUACAUCGCCUGCCUCAAGACCAAGAUGAACAGCGAGACCAUGCUGAGUGGAGAGCCUGGCAGCCCCUACUCACCUGGACAGGGCUACACUCCCACCAAGACCCAGACCUCCAGCUCUUUCAAAGGAACCCUCAGUCCCCAGAGGAUUGUGGUGCCAGCGUCAGCCCUGCAGCAAGACAACGUAACUGUGACAACAGUCAACCCCACACAGGUUAUGGCAGGUAUGUCACCCUGGCAUACAACAACCACAGGUGGCACAGUGUACCAGCCUGUCACAGUAGUCAACUCACAGGGACAGGUGAUGUCACAGACCAUCUCUCCCCACACUAUACACAUUCAGAACACACAGCUUCAGCUGCAGCUCAACCAGGACCUGAGCUUCUUCAACCACGAUGACAGCUCGUCCAAGAACAAGCGUGGCGUCCUUCCCAAACAAGCCACCAAUGUCAUGCGCUCCUGGCUCUUCCAGCACAUCGGGCACCCCUACCCCACAGAGGAUGAGAAGAAGCAGAUCGCUACCCAAACUAACCUGAGCCUCCUCCAGGUCAACAACUGGUUCAUCAAUGCGCGGAGGCGGAUCCUGCAGCCCAUGCUGGACGCCAGCUCUUCGGAGAUGGCCAAAACCAAGAAGAAACCGCCUCCGAACCGGCCGCUACAGCGUUUCUGGCCUGACUCUAUCGCCACAGGGAUGACCCAACAACGGGUCCAGAUGGCAGACGGCACCAUGGUGACAAUGAGUGUGGAGGGUCUCCAGAGCCUUACAUCAGACGGCGCCACGCUGGCCGUGCAGCAGGUGAUAAUCGGCGGGCACAGCGAGGACGAAUCAGGAGACAGCAGGGACGAGGAUGACGAUGAUGAUGACAUGACUGGGCUGGGCCUGGACAACAGCGACUCCCUUCAGUAGGACACACACACAGGCAUACUGUACACACACAGACAUACUGUACACUCACACCACAGGAGGCUGCUGAUGGGAG